AGGCUUUCAUGUUUCUGUUCUCGUAUGACGAAUUAAUUCUGCGCCAUCUCACUGAACGAACCAAUGCCGUUUAUAUGAAGAUAGCCAGCUAGCUAGUUGCUGUUUUAUGUAAGUUUUGUGUAUGCUGCGCAUUAAACUGGACUGUUUCGUCAUCUUAUACCGGUCAACCCUACAGGAUGAUUGACACAGAGAGGGGAGCUGUGGAUGCUGGUGCUGAAGAACCCAGCAGUAAGAACAAGGAGACAGAGAAGAAGAAGAGGUCCCGUGUCAAACAGCUGCUGGGUGAUGUGAAGAAGCAAGUGGAGUUCUGGUUUGGGGACGUCAACCUUCACAAGGACCGCUUUCUGAAAAAGCUCAUCGACGAGUCAGAUGAUGGAUACGUUGAUAUAUCCCUGUUGGCAAGCUUCAAUCGAAUGAAGAAGCUGACAACUGACACCAAGUUGAUUGCCAGGGCGCUGAAAAACUCCUCUGUGGUUGAGGUUAAUCUAGAGGGAAAUAAAGUAAGGCGCCAGCUUCCAAUUGGAGACAUACCAAAUGAUGUCGACAGCCGCACAGUCUAUGUGGAACUUUUGCCCAAGGAUGUGACGCACAGCUGGAUAGAGAGAGUGUUCACAAAAUGCGGGAAUGUUGUUUAUAUCAGCAUCCCAAGAUACAAGUCCUCUGGCGACUCGAAGGGGUUUGCCUUUGUCGAGUUUGAGACAGUGGAACAAGCACAGAAAGCCAUAGAGAUGCUGAACAAUCCUCCUGAAGAUGCUCCCAGGAAGCCAGGCAUUUUCCCCAAGACAAAAAGCAGGAAGCCCAUUUCUCUGCCAGCCGACAAUCCCCCAUCAGGUGAGGAAGAGGAGAAGAAAAAGCGGAAGAAGAAGAAAAAGAAAGAAGGUGCCACAGUGCAGACUUCUGCAGAAGAAGUGAAAGAGCAGGAGAUGGAAGCAGAGCCAUCUGAGCAAAAGAGGAAGCGCUCGGUAGCGGAGGAUUUGGAGCAAGAGGUUGCCAGCAGUCAGAAAACACUGGGGAAACUGUCAGAGAAAAAAAGACGGAGGUCGCAGACAGCAGAGGGAUCAGAAAGUGAACUACCAUCUAAGAUGAGAAAGACCAGUGAAAGUGAAGCUGGAGACAAGGAGAGAGAGACCAAGAGCAACGUAGAUCCGCCCACUGAAAGCGUGAAAGAAAGAGGUGUUGAGGAAGGAAAAGAAAACAGAGAUGACUCAACAGUCAAAGCAAAGAGAAAGAGAAAAAAGAAACACAAGGAGAAACUGAAAAUCGGGGAGGAAGUUAUCCCGCUCCGAGUCCUACCAAAAAAAGAGUGGCUUGAACUGAAGGAGGAGUAUUUGACCUUGCAAAAGCGCAGCAUGGCGUCCCUGAAGAAGUGCAUUAGUAAGAUUGAUCACAAGGAGCACAAGAGUUUAAUGGAGAUGGACAAUGAGCCUCAAGAUGGGAACAAUGAGAAGAGUGAAAAAGCAACCAACCAGGGUCCUCAGUUUACCAGUGGUGUCAUCAUGAAGAUUACAGACAACAAGCCGCUGCCAGGGAGGAAGUUCAUCAAAGAAGCUCUGUCCAAAAUCUCACCAGUGGCAUACAUUGACAUCAUUGAGGGAGAUGCUGAGGGUCACAUCCGUUUUCAUACUCCAGAGGAAGCUAAAGCCGUCAGUGACACAAGAGCAGAACUACAGAACGAGCACAGCUGGAAACUCGAGAUUCUCUCAGGUGACCAUGAGCAAAGGUACUGGCAGAAGAUCCUGGUGGACCGUCAAGUCAAGCUGAACCGUCCGAGGGAAAAGAAGCGGGGGACAGAGAAGCUCAUAUCCAAAGCAGAAAAAAUCAUCAUAGCCCGGGCCAAGGAAGCUAAUAAGCACAUUCGCUUCCAAGAAGACUGACAGUUGCUGAAAACUGUUUUUUUUGACAAACACACGUUUAAUUAACUGUAAUCUUUACAUGAUGUGAUGAGAAGGGGACAGUUUGUGUUAAUGUUUACUAAGCUGGAAGAGAACUGAAUGGAAAACUUGUUAAAAUGCAGAAUGUCCCCUUUUUUUUUUUUUUUUUUUUGUUUGUUUGCACUGGAGCCCCCAUGAUAAUGUGGAUUGCUGCUAUGCAUAGAGACAUUUUGGCAACAUUUUUUUAAAUUGAUAGCCUUUUUUUUAAAAAAAAAAAAGAUUCUGUACAUGAUGUAAAUAUAAUUCAUUUGAAAGUUCUCCCAGUCAUGAAAUGGACGAGUUGAGGCAUUUCCUUUUGAAGAUGCCUUUUUGUUUUUUUAAUAAAAUGUCAUUAUUUUA